AAGUGCUGUCCUUCUCCCUGGGUUGGUGACCUGCUCCGGGAGUCAUCCGCUCUGCUACCAGCAUGCCCACCCAGCUGGAGAUGGCCAUGGACACGAUGAUCCGGAUCUUCCACCGCUACUCUUGCAAAGAGGGGGACAGGUUCAAGCUCAACAAAGGGGAGCUGAAGAUGUUAUUACAGCGGGAACUCACAGAAUUCCUCACGUGCCAAAAGGACCCCCAGUUGGUGGAUAAGAUAAUGCAGGACCUGGACGCCAACAAGGACAACGAAGUGGAUUUUAAUGAAUUUGUGGUCAUGGUGGCGGCUCUGACUGUUGCUUGUAAUGAUUACUUUGUGGAGCAGCUGAAGAAGAAAGACAAGCAGGCUGACGCAAGGCAGAAAUAGAUGCAGAGUUCUGUGCCUGCUGUGAGUCUAUAUCCUUCCCGUUCCUAGACACAGUGAUGUGACUUACAGAUGUUAUAUGUGUAUGCUUAUUAGCAUUAAUUAAGCUUUAUUCACCCUGACAUAUUGACUUUACACAAAUACUCCAGGUCUUAUGCCCUCUUUAAAAUUUACCUAUAUUAUUAAAAAUGUUAUGCUUUAUUUGUCAAAUAGAGAGCACCCCCAGAUUUAGCCACUUUUGAAAUGAGACUCAAAGCUGGUGAGCUUCCAAGACCUUGUUCUUACAUCGUGGUUUUGCAAUUCCUUUGUUCCUGAAGAGAUUCCUCGGCCCUCCCUAUGGGCUCCUAAUUGUGCUUUGAAUAGCAGAAGCUGUGAGGGGUUGUGAGCAGAGAGGCUGGUAAAGAGAAAGACUGCCCUUCGGUGGGUUAGACUGGGGUGGGCGGAUUCAGGACGAGAUGUGUAAGCUGUAAGAGCUGAAUACAGCGAAUCUUAGGAGUUGGUGUGUAAACACCCUCCCACGCGCCCUGGGGCUGAGUGUUUUACACGGGAUACCAGUUCCCACAGCCUUCCCUAAGGUUAAGUGGCAUCAGGCCUUGGGGAUGGAUACUUGCUCCCUUCCCUCUGUCCUUCUUAGUCUUACUAGAGUGCUCCAACUUGUUUGCUGUGCCUAACAUUAGUGACCUGGACAAGAAUCCUUGACUAAAUGUCAGCUUCUGGGGAUCCAGACUGUGACAGAUAAUCGGGAGAGUUGGAAGAAAGGAAGUUGAUAUUUGAAGGGAUGAUCCUAGGUACUGGGGAAGGCAGGGUACAGAGAGCAUCUGUGAAGGGGCGCUGCUGGGUCUGGGUGAAAGACCGUGGUGGCUCAAUGUGGCGGCUCACUGUGGCUCAAGCCAGGAUUCAGUGAUGGAGGGGAAGGCAUGCAGCUGAAGUGCUUUGGGGGGAGAGACUGGCAAGAUCUGUGGGGUUGACAGGGUAGACUGUUGUUGGCCUGACACGCAGCCUGCCUUUCUGUACACACCAGAACUGUUUUUGCAGGGUGGCAGGCGACCAGCAGAAAAGAUGUGUUUCCCAAUAUGUUGUACUGCUGGGGGAGCCAGGCCUACUGAACAACUGAACUAAGAAGGGGAAGCAGAAGCCUGAUAGGAAUCUCUGGGGAUGUUUUGCCAUCUCUGGGAGAGGCUGUAGGUCUUCUACUUAUUAGUUCUUCCAUUUCCAUUGGAAUGUCAACGUGAGGCUGGGGGUGGGGUAGGGUGGAGCGUUCAUAUGGUCCUCGAGGAUGGUGGAGAGCAAAGACAGAGGGGUUGUCUGUCCCAAACAUGGCUCUCAUCUUCCAGAGAAUCAGAGCCAAUUUAUUCUGUGUCAAACAUGAGUGACGGUGGCCAGGGAGACGGCAGGAAAGCCAGGAGGGCAUGGUGCCUCGGAAGCCGGGGAAGGAACAGUAAGAGCUGGGAGGAGGGUGAAAUAAAUCAUGAGGAGCCAGAUGAGAAGGGAGGAUGGGUGGCCAGACUGUCGAGGCAGAGGUCAUGGUGACGGCAGUGAUGCUGAAGGGGCUGAUGUGGAUUAGAAAAGGCCCCGGUCCCUGGCCCACAGGUGGUAGGUUCUCAAUAGGUAUUUCUGUAAUAAACACACAAGAAGGAAUUUGCCUGUCACUGACGUUCUAGAUCAAAGACCUGCUACAUUUUCUUUACAUAGAACAAUGUUUUUGCCUUCUUCAAACCAGUUUUAAGCAGACAGUCUGUGGAGUAUUCAGCAGAUGGGCAGAACACUUAAGAGAAAAAACAAAAAACAAAAAACCUGUACUUUUCAAUGCACUUACUCCUGUCUUUUAAAGGGAUCAGAAGAAAAUAAACAAAACUGGACAUGGAUUUUGACUGUGUGUAGCUUCUUUCCCUUUUUGUCUUUUUUUUUUAAUUGAAAAUAAAAACUUCAUACA